AUGGUUCAGUGGGUGAAGCACGUGCUGCCCAAGGCUGCUGACGGGAUUGUGGGCGCCCGGCACCACAUGCAGCCUGAUGCAGCAGCCAGCACCACUCUGCAAGACAGACGGGAGAGGAGACAGGAGAAUCCCAGAACCUCCCAGACCAAGCAGCCGAACGUCCUCAGCAGCGAAAAAGAGGAAGGAAACCGCGCGCAACCCCGGGGCGGGCGGACGGCCGUGGCUGCGGCGCUGGGCGCCUCCCGGAAGCGCCGGAGUGCGGGCGGCCGGCUAACGGCUCGGGCGCGCGGGGCGGCCCGCAGGAGGGUACGAGGAGCGCCCGCCCGCCCGCCACCCUCCGUUACGUGGCCCAGUGACCCCGGCGCGCGGCGACCGCCAGUAACCCCGCCCCGCCCCGCCCCGCCCGACUCUCGCCUGCUCCCGGCUCAGCCAAUGGCCAGGCGGCGGGCCAGCCGGCGGACGCCGGGCGCGAGCGACUCCUCCCCCGGCACCGGGCACGGAGCGAGUCGCGCGGCCGCCUCGCCCCGCGCCCGGGCUGCGCCAAUCGCCGCGCGCCCCCGCGCCCCGCGCCCCGCGCCCGCCGGAGUCACCUCUGCCUGCGCGGCGCCGCGGCCCGCCCUCUUCCUACCUUGCCGCGCGAAGCCCCGCCCCCCGCCCGGCUCCACCAAUCGCCGCGCGAGCCUGGCGGCGCUGGGCGGGCCCGCAGCCAAUGCGCACGCCGGGGGCGGGCCCCGGGCCGGAAUUGGGGGUGAAGCCACCGCGCCGUGCCCACAUUCGGGGCGCGCGGAGCUGGGGGGUCCCCGGGGGGCGCCCGCAGUUAAGAUGGCGUCCGCGGCGGCGGCGGCGGGGGCGGCGGCGGGGGCCGCGGGGCCGCUGCGGCCGGGCCUGGAGGAGCUGAGCCUGAGCAAGUUGGCGACGUCCCUGGGCGCGUCGGAGCAGGCGCUGCGGCUCAUCAUCUCCAUCUUCCUGGGUUACCCUUUGGCUUUGUUUUAUCGGCAUUACCUUUUCUACAAGGACAGCUACCUCAUCCAUCUAUUUCAUGCUUUUACGGGCCUCUCAAUUGCUUAUUUUAACUUUGGACCCCAGUUCUACCACUCGCUGCUGUGCGUCGCGCUGCAGUUCCUCAUCCUGCGGCUCAUGGGCCGCACCGUCACUGCCGUCUCCACUACCUUCUGCUUCCAGAUGGCCUACCUUCUUGCUGGAUAUUAUUAUACAGCCACUGGUGACUAUGAUAUCAAGUGGACAAUGCCACAUUGCGUCCUGACCCUGAAGCUGAUUGGUCUGGCUGUUGACUACUAUGACGGGGGAAAAGACCAGAAUUCCUUGUCCUCUGAGCAGCAGAGAUACGCCAUUCGGGGCGUCCCCUCCCUGCUGGAAGUCGCCGGCUUCUCCUACUUCUACGGGGCCUUCUUGGUAGGGCCCCAGUUCUCAAUGAACCACUACAUGAAGCUGGUGCAGGGACAGCUGACAGACACUCCAGGGAAGAUGCCAAACAGCACCAUACCUGCUCUCAAGCGCCUGAGUCUGGGCCUCGUCUACCUGGUGGGCUACACUCUGCUCAGCCCCCACAUCACCGAAGACUAUCUCCUCACCGAAGACUACGACAGCCGUCCUUUCUGGUUCCGCUGCAUGUACAUGCUGGUCUGGGGCAAGUUUGUACUGUACAAAUACGUCACCUGUUGGCUGGUCACAGAAGGAGUGUGUAUUUUGUCCGGGCUGGGCUUCAAUGGCUUUGAAGAAAAUGGAAAAGCAAAAUGGGAUGCCUGUGCCAACAUGAAGGUGUGGCUCUUUGAGACAAACCCCCGCUUCAACGGCACCAUAGCCUCUUUCAACAUCAACACCAACGCCUGGGUGGCCCGUUAUGUCUUCAAACGCCUCAAGUUCCUUGGGAACAAAGAACUGUCGCAGGGUCUGUCCUUGCUGUUCCUGGCCCUCUGGCACGGGCUGCACUCAGGGUACCUGGUGUGCUUCCAGAUGGAAUUCCUCAUUGUUGUUGUGGAGAAGCAGGCUGUCAACCUCAUUCAAGAGAGCCCCACCCUGAGCGGCCUCGCCUCCAUCACUGUCCUACAGCCCUUCUACUACUUGGUGCAGCAGACCAUUCACUGGCUCUUCAUGGGCUAUUCCAUGACUGCCUUCUGCCUCUUCACAUGGGACAAAUGGCUCAAGGUCUAUCAGUCCAUCUAUUUUCUCGGCCACGUCUUCUUCUUGAUCCUACUAUUCACAUUGCCUUAUGUUCACAAAGCAAUGGUGCCAAGGAAAGAGAAGUUAAAGAAAAAGGAGUAGUAAUCUGCCCCUGGUGGCCUAGAGCAGGACCGGGCAGAAACUACUUGUGUCCCUUCUCAGAGCACUCCGUCAGCCCAGAGCAGAGACAGAGAAGCCAGGGAGCUGGGAGCCACAACACCUCCAGCUGUGCCUCUGCCAGUCUUCGCCAGGCCAAGGGGGAAGCUCUUGUGGGAGGAGCAGAGGGGCUGCCACCCCUUGGGGCUCCCCCAUGCACGUUGCCUUAUCUCUCCCCUCUAGCCAGGAAUCUGUUGUGUUCUGCCAAUCCACGAUUGUAUAUGUGCCGAUACCGCCACCCCCCCCCAUGGGGGGGAGGGGAGGGUACAAGGCCCUGCCUGCUCUACUUUUUCUAUCUUGGAACUAUACCAGAUAAAAAAAAUUACUUGUU